ACUCCCAUAGAUCCACACAGAGAGGUUGUUUACUAAUUCGCAGGGCAGAGACGAAACGCGAAAACAAGAGCUCGUCCGGAGGGCAGUGUGGCUGGAUUCACCACAGGCUCUUUCAUAAAAACAGACGGUUUUCAUUUCGGUUCUGCAUGACUUAUUGCUCGUUUUAACUCUCCAGCAUCGACAAACGAAACAAAAUGUUCCGACUGGUUCACUUAUUGUUUUUGUUUGGCUCUGUGUCGAUGGGCUGUGCGUUUAUUGUUAAAGAAUGCAUAACAUCCGAUGGAAGAGACUACAGAGGAAGACAACAGUAUUCAUACUCGGGGAAGAUCUGCCUUAACUGGAACAAGAUCAAUGUCACGGUUAAAGACUUGGAGACAGGUGUCGGUGACCACAAUUUCUGUCGCAACCCAGAUGGCUCAGAGAAGCCCUGGUGCUAUGUGUCGGACUUUAAUGGAGUAGGCCAAAAAGAAGCAUGUGAUGUCACAAGAUGCCAAGGGAAAAACUCCACAGAAGCCACGGCUACACAAGAGUCUGUUCCCACUCCAGCCCCUAGUCAAAUGAUGGAGGCGACCUUUGAACCCGCAAAUCCCUCGCCGGUGGAGGGUGCGGCGGUGCAGCCCGUAAAGGGAGUCCAACAACAAGUCAGAACAGGACCAAAGAACAAAAAAGACCUUGGGACUAUUGGUUAUGUCCUCGCUGUUCUCAUGAUGGCCAUCAUCAUUCUUCUCGGAGGUGGGAUCACAUUUGGAUACUUCUACAAACGGUGUCAUGAUCUUAAGAAACAGCAUGACCAGCGCAUUUACGAGCGAGAGAUGCAUCGCAUCACUCUUCCUCUCUCCGCCUUCGCCAACCCCACCUGCGAGCUGGUGGACGAGAACACCAUUGUCAUCACGGCCGAAACCAACAACCAGACCCCCACGCAGGAGUUUGACGAGGGGGGAGACCCACUUAUAGGGCCAGCAGCAGGGACCCCCGGAGCAUGAGAGAGGAAGUGAAUGAUCGCCUGGACAGGCUUUGUUAAGACACUUCCAUGGAGGACUGCAGAAUCUCAGAGGAUCAAACCUCAUGUCCACUUUCUGUUUCUAAGCUCGGUUUCUUUGCCCUGCCUUUACAGCCUGGUUUCUUAGUAAAGGUAGGGCAUAUAACUUUCGAGGGAGGCUUGGAUGAAUUGGAAAGAGCGUGAAAAGGUGGUUUAGUAUAAAUGUGCAUGUACGGGACAUGAGAAUAAACUAGAGAAUAAAAUGCAUUUUUUAAGUGCAUUAAAAAGCUUUCAUCAUCACAGAGCAUGAAUACUGAAUGUGACAGGGCAAAGGUCCUGUUCACUACUAUGUAUCAGAUAAUCUGCCGAUAUGCUUUUUAAAAGAGGAGACAAUUCGUACUUUCCCUCCUUUUGUCAAUGCAAUUGAGAUGGACAGAAUAGUGUUACUGAACAUGAAAUUGUGUACUGAACUAGAACUGCUCUUACUAUAUAUCGAGCUGUGCAUUGAUAAGCAGUUUUUGGUGAUUCUCAGUUGCAUUGCUAGGUGAAGGUUUUUGGCUUUUGAGAGUAGGUCGAAACUUAGAUUUCCAGGUAUCUUGUCUCUGCCAAUUACAUUUGAAUAUAUUAUCGCUUCUGUUGUCGGUAUGAAGUGUAUUGAGAAGUGAAUGAGACCUCAGUUGACCAAUCAGAAGAGGUCUUUCAUGGAGCCUUUGGGUAAUUGUUGUAUGUUCCUCUGUCCUAUUAAGACCUCCGUGUAUGGUCUGGAAUAAUGUGCUUUGAAACAUAAAAUGAUGAACCCUUCAUCUGAAAAAUUAAGUGUUGCAACAGAAUUACAGUAUUGGUGAAAAAGUUCUCCAGGACGGAAUACAAGAGGUGUUGAGAAAAAAGAUAUUUUAACAUCCCGUUAAACGUUUUUUUCCCCAUUUUGGGUGGAAUGUAGUUCAUGAAUUUAACAUCAAUGAACAGUUUGAAAAUCGCUGUAUAUUUUGAUUCUUAGUUUCUGAUAUGCAUUUUUUCCCCAUUGAUUACAAUCGACUGUACUAUUGUUACUGCACAUGUUUCCAAAACUUGCAUUAUGUUUGGCAGAUGUAACUGCUGUGAAAUAAAACAAGUUUGAAGAAA